UCAUUUACAGGCAUUAGUUUGGGCACCUAAAUAAUCUAAAGGUCCUUCCAAGUGUUCAUGAUUUUGUAGUCCGGCAGCUCUGAACAGUGUGGCUCGUCCUUUGACAGGGAGCUAGUAUCGACAAAGGCUAAACACAAGCACGGAACAUUAUGGCUGCCCUGAUGCUGAUGCUGAAGUCUUUGCGGAGCUGCUCCGUCGGCCCUUCCCGGGCACUGCAGUUUGGGACGAGAGCUCUGAGUUCAACAGCCCACCUUCAGGCUCAGGUUCAGACAAAGAGUAAGAAGACUCUGGCCCGACCCGGUAUGAAGAACAUAGUUCUGGUAGAGGGAGUUCGAACCCCUUUCCUACUGUCUGGAACCACAUAUGCUGAACUGAUGCCUCACGACCUGGCCAGAGCAGCUCUGCAGGGACUGUUGAACAGGACGGGUAUUCCCAAAGACUCUGUAGAUUACAUCAUCUAUGGAACCGUCAUCCAGGAGGUCAAAACCAGCAAUGUAGCAAGAGAGGCAGCACUUGGUGCAGGCUUCUCUGACAAGAUCCCGGCUCACACCGUCACCAUGGCCUGCAUCUCCUCCAACCAGGCAAUGACGUCAGCUGUCGGUCUGAUAGCUGCAGGUCAGUGUGACGCUGUUGUAGCAGGAGGGGUGGAGUUUAUGUCUGACGUUCCCAUCCGCCACAGCCGUAAGAUGAGGAAAAUCAUGCUGGCCCUCAACAGAGCAAAGACCCUGGGACAGAGGCUCAGUUUGAUCGGCAGCAUCAGAAUGGCCCACCUCGCCCCAGAGCUUCCUGCCGUGGCUGAGUUCUCCACCUCCGAAACCAUGGGACACAGUGCCGACCGUCUGGCUGCUGCUUUCGGGGUCUCCAGGUUGGAGCAGGAUGAGUUUGCUCUGCGGUCACAUUCAUUGGCUAAAAAAGCCCAGGAUGAAGGUCUGCUGCAGGACGUCAUCUCUUUCAAAGUGCCCGGUCGUGACAUCGUGUCCAAGGACAACGGCAUCCGUCCGUCCUCCAUGGAACAAAUGUCCAAACUGAGACCUGCCUUUGUUAAACCUCACGGCACAGUCACUGCUGCCAACUCCUCCUUCCUGACCGACGGUGCCUCUGCUGUGCUGAUCAUGUCUGAAGAGAAAGCCUUGGCGAUGGGUUUUAAGCCCAAAGCCUACCUCAGAGAUUUUGUCUACGUGUCCCAGGACCCUAAAGAUCAACUGCUUUUAGGACCAACAUACGGCACACCCAAAGCCCUGGAACGUGCUGGCUUGACCUUGAAUGACAUUGAUGUUUUUGAGUUCCAUGAGGCGUUUGCAGGUCAGAUCAUGGCAAAUCUGAAGGCCAUGGACUCAGACUGGUUCGCCCAGACGUAUAUGGGAAGAAAAACGAAGGUUGGAGUUCCUCCUAUGGAGAAGUUCAACCUGUGGGGGGGCUCUUUGUCCCUGGGUCACCCGUUCGGUGCCACAGGCUGCAGGUUGGUCACCACAGUGGCCCACAGGCUGCAGAAGGAGGGAGGACAGUACGGACUGGUGGCAGCUUGUGCUGCUGGAGGACAGGGUCACGCCAUGGUGAUCGAGGCGUAUCCACAGUAACACACUCCACCUGACGUCUGUUAAACUAAUUCAGAACUUUUAUCAAGACAACUGACCACACACACUGACAUCUAAACAGUGUAAAUACAGCUCUGGCGCCACCUGGCUUUGUUCUCACUCUGUUAGUGACUGUUUGUACUGAAGCCUGUGUAAAUGAAAACGUGGCUAAGAGGAGUUUUCUUUUGUUAUUAUAGCAGGAAGCUGCUGAGAAAAAUUGUUUGCCUUUAAUAAUGGCUUUUCGAGGUUGUUCUUGUUCAAAUGUAACAUAGCAAAGUUUAAUAAAGCCACAGUGCUAAUGUUUAUAUACACUGUGAUAUUUGUUUUUCUUACAAACUGUGGACAAUAAAAAAAGUGAUUAAAACAAAU